CUAAGUAGGUUAAAAGGAUCUAUAUAGUUACAUAUAAACGUCUGUCUUUUGUUAAGGUAAUUUACUGCUGCUGAUAAUUCGACGAAAGUAAUUAUUCGUCAUUAUGUGACUCGAUAGAAGAAAUUAAUUGUUCCCACGGUUCUCGAAGUGACGCUUGAAAACAUGGCGGUGAUUUUUAGUUUGUAAAAAGUAUAUCCGCUGUACCCUCCCAUUAAAAGCCCUGAAUCUGUGAAUAAACACAACCUAACAAACUUUGUAAAUUCGAUAAUUAACUCUUAUUUGUAAAUUACGACGCCUCGUCGUUAGUACGUAACUCUUACUAUUAUGAUAUGCAGCAUAUCAGUUCAAAGGCUAGUUUGAAUAAAUGUACAGACGUGACGAUUCCUUGUACGAGUGCACAAUGCCAAAUUGUCAAUAAAGAAGUGAUAGAUUUACGGCGGCAGGUGUCGAAUCUGACAGAGACAGUUCUAUCUUUAGAGAAUACUAUAAAACUGAAAGAUGUACAGCUCCAGAACACGCGACGAGACAACGAACGAUUAUCGGCCGAGCUGAAGAAACAACAGAGAUCCGUUAGGAACAUCAAACAGCAGUUGGACGACGAAAGGUUCUUCUAUCAAAGGGAGAAGGAUCAUUUCAAUGACGAACUACAGAGGCAGAAGAUGAGAUCCGCUGGUGGGACGUCGAAGUUCUGCCAGCAGAGAAUGGAUUUCGACGUGCAAAAAUCUUUGGAAAAGGAAAACAGGUCCCUCAAGGAAGAGUUAACCGAAAAGGCUCAAACAACGUACAAUUUGUGUAUAAAAUUUCUACGGAUGAAGUAUGCGAAGGAUAUGUUGAGGCAGAAAUUGGAUCAGCUAUUGAAAGAGCAUCUGCAAGUAAUGGCAGACAUGAUGGAAAAGUUGGACGAAGGAAGGGGGGAACUCAAUAUCAUUGUAUCGGAUAAGUUUCAAGAACCUCUGCCACUGAGUAAAGCCAAACUUCUUCAGGUAGUACAAAGGAAUGCUCGAUUGGUUCAUGAAAACGCGACGCUCAAGAUGCAAAUACAGCAUCUCGUGUUAAAUAUAGAAAAGCUGAAGAGCGGUAUACAGAAGCCAAAAUUAAUUAACGUGGACGCUAAGAUUAUCGCCAAAUUGACCGAGCGAAGUUCAGGAAAGUGUAAUAAAGAGAGAACAAAAUGGCUACCGUUUCAAUUCGAUAUGGAUAACGUAGAAAAUAAUGUGCCUGUCGCGAAAUCAUUGAACUGUCAAGAUCCUGUUCAUUACUCUGGAGAUGGUAAAUUAGUCUCGAAACUACGAUCGAGUCAUUCGAGGAAACACAUAGACACGGCAGCUCACGAAAUUCAAACUGAUGAAAACGGGGACUUUCGAAUGGAACGUACACGCAGCGUUCCGGAAAUCGUACGGACAAAUGAUGAACGUGGAUGCUCGUCGUGUACUCCUAACGACUCGUCAACCGAUUUUCGUCACGCCUCCACGAACACGUAG